AUCAUCAGCUAGAGAGAGAAACAAGGAGAAGGGAAACAGAGGAGGAAGGAGUAUACUUUAGCUGUGGUUUCUGACUGACAAGAUUCUCACAGUGAUUAGCCUACAUCCAGCCACUUUUCAAGAAAUCAAGAUUUGGCUGGACUGUGUGUGCAGCCUAAAUGACGAAGUGGAACUUGUUCAGGGAUCAGACAACGCCCAUGGUCGCUGCUAACCCAACGGGGGCUAGUGCCUUGACUGUGACUCCAGCCCCUGUCGCAUUAGUCUCUACUGACAACUCCACCGAACCGGUCAACAAGAACGAUGCCUUUGACGAGAUCAAAAACAAAUUCCUAAAUGAAAUCGACAAGAUCCCACUGCCGUCCUGGGCCAUCAUUGCCAUUGCCGUGGUCGCUGCUUUACUCAUUCUAACGUGCUGCUUCUGCAUCAUCAAGAAAUGCUGUUGCAAGAAGAAGAAGAACAAGAAGGGCAAGAAGGGGAAGGGUGACAUGGGAAUGAAGAACCUGAAAGGGGGAGAGAAACAACAGGAUGAUGACGAUGAAGAAGAUGAUGUCGAACCUGGACUGACUGGAGACGAGAAGGAGGAAGAAGUGAAGGAGAAAGAAAAGCUCGGGAAGUUGCAGUACUCCAUUGAUUAUGACUUCCAGGAGAACAAGCUGACUGUGGGAAUCCUGCAAGCAGCUGAUCUCCUCUCCAUGGACAGCGGUGGCACCUCUGACCCUUACGUCAAAGUCUUCGUCCUACCUGACAAGAAGAAGAAGUAUGACACAAAGGUUCACAAGAAAACGCUCAAUCCUGUCUUCAACGAGACCUUCACGUUCAAGAUUCCAUUCCAAGAGAUGGGAGGGAAGUCUCUGGUAAUGUCAGUCUAUGACUUUGAUCGCUUCUCUAAACAUGAUGUCAUUGGAGAGAUUAAAAUACCCAUGAACACCCUUGACCUGGCAAAGCCAAUUGAAGAGUGGAGAGACCUGGACAGCGCAGAUCAGGAAGAGCCGGAGAAGCUGGGUGACAUUUGCAUCUCUCUGCGUUACGUCCCCACUGCUGGCAAACUUACCAUCUGUAUUCUGGAGGCCAAGAACCUGAAGAAAAUGGACGUGGGUGGACUGUCAGAUCCUUAUGUGAAAAUUAACCUGCUGCAGAAUGGAAAGAGGCUGAAGAAGAAGAAGACGACAGUGAAGAAGAACACUUUGAAUCCGUACUACAAUGAGUCCUUCAGCUUUGAGAUUCCUCUCGAGCAAAUGCAGAAAAUCGUAGCUGUGAUCACAGUGCUGGAUUAUGACAAGAUUGGCAAGAACGAUGCCAUUGGGAAGAUCUUGGUGGGAAGCAAGUCCACGGGGGCUGGGCUGAAACACUGGUCCGACAUGCUGGCCAACCCCCGCCGCCCUAUCGCCCAGUGGCAUCCACUGCAGCCAGAAGAGGAGGUGGAUGCCGCCCUCGCAGCCCUGAAUGCCAAGAAGUAAACACAUCGUCACCCACCUCCACCAUACCUACCCAUGCAUUACCCAUCCUUUCCCCCCAGGUCCCACAUAUCAGUGUAUAUUCCAGAAGAACACCCCAACUGUACAU